GCCGCCGGCCGCGCUCGCGCCGCCGCCAUGGAGCAGCCGCAGCCGCCGGCGGGAGACGAGCCCGCGGCCGGGCCCGAGUGGAACAUCCCGCCCAACGCGCCCGCCUGCAUGGAGCGGCACCUGGAAGGCGCACACUACCGAGCAGACGGGGCUCUGCUGCUGGGCGCUUCGGGGCUGAGCGGCCGCUGCUGGGCCGGUUCCCUCUGGGUCUUCGCCGACCCCCGGCGCGCCCCCAGCGAGGGAUUCUGCACGGCCGGCGUCCAGACCGAGGCGGGCGUCGCGGACCUGCGCUGGGUAGCGGACAGGGGCAUCCUGGUGGCCUCCGACUCCGGCGCUGUGGAGCUGUGGGAGCUGGACGAGAACGAAACCCUCAUCGUCAACAAGUUCUGUAAAUACGAACACGAUGACAUCGUGGUGGCCGUGGCCGUGCUGGCCAGCAGCAGCCAGGUUGUCAGCGGCGGCAGGGACUGCUGCGUUAAGGUCUGGGACCUGCCCCAGCAAACGGUGCUGCACUCCUACAGAGCUCACUCCGGUGCAGUGACAUGUGUGGCUUCCUGUCCUGGUAAGGACACUGUGUUCCUGUCCUGUGCUGAGGACAGCAGAACUUUGCUCUGGGACACCAGAUGCCCCAAACCAGCUACUCGAAUCGUUUGCAGUGCCUGUAAUCACCUUCCUACCUCAGUCAUGUGGCAUCCACAGAAAAGUGACAUCUUUGCUUUGGGUGAUGAAAAUGGAACAGUUGCACUGGUAGACACCAAGAAUCCCGACUCUGCCCUCAGCUCCUCGGUGCACGCCCGCAGCGUCACGGGCUUCGCCUUCUCUGCACAUAGUUCACCCUUACUGGCUUCAAUCAGUGAGGACUGUUCAGUAGCUGUGCUUGACUCAGACCUCACAGAGGUGUUCAGAAACCGCUCUCAUCGAGACUUUGUAAAAGGCUUAUCAUGGUCUCCUUCAGACAAUGCUUUGCUCACUACAGUUGGAUGGGAUCACCAGGUUUUACACCACACUGUCCCCAUACCAACUGGUGAAGCUUCUGGAGUCAACUGUGUAAAAGAAUAGUUUUAUAAACUCAUGGUCCAAAUUCCUUCCUGGCGUUACUUUGAUUCUGCCGCAGUCAGAGGUGUGUGGGAGCUGGAGCAGGUAUGGUUUGUUGUCUGCCUUGAAGCUUGUGACUAAGUUCCUGUAGUAAUUUUGAGUUAGGCAUGUUAGUUACAAACCAAGCUUUACCCUCUCCUCUGGAGGUGGCUUCACCUCAGUGUUGUACUUAGGAAAAAAUUUGACUUGGGGCACAGAGGAGAGUGGGAGAGACACGGAAUUGGGUAUCAUUAAAAACCACCCCAAAACAACAAACACCCACCCAAAAAGCUUAAUUCCUCCUUCAGUUCUCCAAACCAUCUGAGGCCAGCUCAGAGGGGCUGAGACUGCAGCAUGCUGGAAGCCAGCAGAGGUUAGUCAGUGCUGUGCUGUUUGACACCUUGUUUCAUCUCCUCUGUGCCAAAGACAACUCAGCCAAAGACAAGACCUGUGAACAGAAGUUCAUGUAAGAGGAAAACUGGACUGAAGGCUUCAGUUUUCAUUUGCUUGCUCCUCUAAACACCCUCUGCUUAGUGAGAAAUGAGACUCCCUACGUGCUGAGUGGCUUUUUGUGCCAGUGACUGAGGGGAGCAGAUAUUCCCACGCUCCCCAAAACAGACCCCACAUCACCCUGUGGUGUACCACAGACUUUGCCAACUAAACUGUUUCCCUGGAACAUAUUUAACUGAAAAACCUCCUUGCCCUGCAUGCAUUGCCACUGCUUCAGGUAUGGCUUGGUCUGGUCUAAUAGUGCCUGGAUGGAAUAACACAGGUCCUGACUAAUGACACAGAAUGCUGUGGAAGUGGAUGCUGCUCCUGUUGGAUCAGCACAACAGCAACCCUAAACUAGACACCACAUCCAGUGUGCUUGUUAACACAGGUUUUAGCUGAUCCAAAUCACGCUGCUUUUUGUAGGCAGACCAGGUGACCCUGCUUCUGCAGGGGGUUGGACUAGAUGGUCUCUGAAGGUCCCUUCCAACCCCACCAUUCUCUGAUUCUCAGCUCUCCCAAGCUCACAGCUUUUCUUAGGCUCUUUUCAAACCUCGUUUGCCAUGAGUUCCCCUGUCAGGCAGCUGUUACAGAGCAGACUUUCUGAUCAGUACUUGUGUAUGACAAGGAAGUGGUGAAUGAUUGUAAAAACUGACAAGUUUCUGCAGAAGUACCCCCCAAACAACCAAAAUAGUUACCUGCUCCAGCCCUGUGAUGACGUCCUGGAGGCUGAGACAGGUCUUGUGCUGCUUCUGACAAAGUCUUGGAAAAAAGUGGAAGACAGUUUUAAAAGAAGUCAGUUUUCAUUUGUAACAGGGUGUUAAGUUCCACUGGGCCACUUCUGUGGUAGUGGAGAGCCAGCUGAGGUGAUUGACACCAUCCACAUGAAGUUGUGAUUUCAGUCCCUGGAAUUAAAACUGUUCUUACGUCAA